GAAACCUUUCACUGCCUCUCUCCCGUGCUCCGCGUCCCCACCACACAAGAGAACCACCACAGCACCUCGCCGCCGCCGCCGAGGACGACGACGACGAUGUGGCGUUCGCGAGCUCGCGCUCUCCUCCUGCUCCGCUCGUCCGCCCCCAGUUCGGCACCGCCGCAGCAAAAUCCACUUCGGAGCUUGGCCCGAGCCCCGCCCCCGCCACCAGGCCUUCUCUCCCGCUUCCUCUCCUCCUCCUCCCAGAAGGCCCCGCCGGCUGCCUCCCCUCCCUCGUCCUCCGCACCCGCCGCCGCGCCCGGAUCCGCUGCACCGCCGGCCUACACCGGAAACCUGAAGAAAGCACUCGCAGGGUUGAGGAGAAUUGAUUUAGAAGGGUUGCGGUGGCGUGUUUUUGAUGCAAAGGGCCAGGUACUUGGACGGUUGGCAUCCCAAAUAGCUGUUGUGCUUCAAGGCAAGGACAAGCCAACCUAUGCACCUCAUGUGGAAGCUGGAGACAUGUGUAUUGUUCUUAAUGCAAAAGAUAUCUGUGUUACAGGAAGAAAAAUGACUGACAAAAUUUACUACUGGCAUACAGGGUAUAUUGGCCAUCUGAAGGAAAGAAAGCUCAAGGACCAGAUGGCAAAAGACCCAACUGAAGUGAUCCGUAAAGCUGUCAUGCGCAUGCUUCCCCGCAAUAAAUUGCGUGAUGACAGGGAUCGUAAGCUGAGGAUAUUUGCUGAAGGCGAGCAUCCGUUUCACGACCGGCCUCUCGAGCCUUUCAUCAUGCCGCCACGCCAAGUGCGUGAGAUGCGCCCCCGGGCAAGACGUGCGAUGAUAAGGGCACAGAAGAAAGACCAGGACAGGGAAGCCAAGAAAGCCGAGGGAGAAGCAGCUAAGAAUGGCAAAGCUGCGGUCGCCGCAUAAGUCACCUUCAGAUGCGUGUGGACCAUGGAGACCGAUGGAUGAUUCGUGCCACUACGGAUCUACCCAAUGCACUUUCUGAAUGAUGACCUGUGUCUCUUUUCUCUUUGACAUGUAGUCUUUGGUGUUGAAUUUCAUAGACAGGGUGCACUAGAAUCUUCUGAGAAGCCUGUUGAGUUGAGUUGAGUAGAGGAACUAAACCUGGAAACGCUCAACUCCUCAUUCCGAAUUUCGUUUUCGAUCCUAAACCUGUAACUGGAAUUUUGUACUGCAAAUAAAACUCAAUGCAUUAUGCAGAACGAUGUAGGUUCACAUUCAUAUCUUGAAUGAAGCGGAUGAUUUAUCA